CCGAACAAAAUGGAUUCCGCGCCGAACAAAAUGGCUGCCGCUCCAAACAAGAUGGAUUCCUCGCUGACCAAGCUGGUUCUGUCUCCGCCCGGUGACCGGCGCUGCCCAGAUUGCGGGCGGCGUUUCCGCCGUGCGUGGACGCUGCGCUGGCACCGCCUCUCCCACGGGCCGCGGCAGUCCUUCAUCUGCAAUCUCUGCGGACGCUCCUUCCGCCAUUUUCCCCUGCUGUCGCGCCACCGUUGCGAGGAGGAGGAGAAGGAGAGAGAGGGGGAGAAGAGGGAAGCAGCGGGAGACGGAGCUGGCGAGAGAGAGGAGCACGAGAAGGCCCCAGGCUUCUGCCAGGCCUGUGGGAGAGGCUUCCCGUCGGUGCAGGCCCUGGUCGGCCAUCUUUGUGACCCGGUUCGGCCAUAUUGUUGCCCACUCUGCCCCAAACGCUUCGCCACGCCCUGGUACCUACAGAAACAUCGGCGCAGACACACCCGGCCCUCCAGUUUCGCCUGCGCGGAUUGCGGGAAGGCGUUUAAGGAACGCUACGAGCUGGUCAGGCAUCGUUUGGUCCACGACCCUGGUAGGCCUCACCACUGCCCACUCUGCCAGUUGCGGUUCGCCAGGGCCGGGGGCUUGGCCUUGCACCUGAGAGGCCGACACGGCCCGCCGAGACGGAAGCCCUUCCGUUGCCGAGUCUGCGGGAAAGGCUACAGCCGCUCGGCCCAUCUAAUGCGCCACGAGUACGGGCACACCGGCGAGCGGCCCUACCCCUGUCCUGGCUGCGGCAAGGCCUUCCGUGACCCGGGGACCCUCCGUAGGCACCGCAAGCAGCACUGCGGCCCACAGUUAGGCUCGCCGCCCGUGGCCAGGCCUGACGACAGGCCCGACGCGGCCCUGGGCCCGCCCAAGUGCGCGGUUUGCGGCAAGACCUUCGUUGACCGAGCCGCCCUCUCCCGCCACCACGUGCGAGGCCACGAGACGGGCGGGCCUUUCCACUGCGCCCUGUGCCGCCUCACCUUCCAGGCCUCGGGCCUGCUCCAGGAGCACCGAGAGCGGCGACAUUCCGGGGGUGGUGAGGCGGGGGGCGCCAUACGCGGGGCCUACGCCUGCGGGGACUGCGGACGCACGUACAGCCGGGCCUCGCAUCUCCUGAGGCACCAGCGCUCCCACACCGACGAGCGGCCAUUUUCCUGCCCGGCCUGCGGGAAAGGCUUCGUCAACUCCUACGAGUUGCUGCGCCACCGCCUGACACACACGGACGAGGCCCCGUACACGUGCCCGCUAUGUGACAAGGCCUUCAAGAGGCCGCAUUACCUGGCACAACACCAGCGCACGCACACCGACUCCACGCCCUUCCCGUGUUCGGCUUGCGGCAAGAAAUUCAAGACGGCCUCCUACCUACUCAAGCACCAGAGCCGCCAUCGGCCUGAACCGCCGCGGCAUUCGUGCGAGACGUGCGGCAAGGGCUUCCGCUACCCCUACGAGUUGGCCCGCCACGGAAGGACCCAUUCCAAGCGGGCGCCCUUCGCCUGCCGGGACUGCGGGCGGGCCUUCAAGAGUGGCCAGGACCUGGACCAACACGCCCGGCUCCACACCGGUGAGCGGCCCUACGUCUGCCCUUCCUGCGGGAAGGGCUUCACCCGCUCAUCCAUGCUGGGCCGCCACCGACGGACCCACUCCCAGGCCCGGCCACACCUCUGCCCGGCCUGCGGCAAGGCCUUCAAGGCCCCCUCGGGCCUCCGCGGCCAUCAGGCGCGCAACUGUCCGGCGUCCAGGGCCCAGGAUCUCCCGUCUGGACUGGAAACCCGGGAAAACCCAUCCCCCAAGGCCCCGGCAGGAACGGAUCUUCUCGAAGCCUCCAGAAUUCCACCAGAAGGGUUCCCUGAGAUCCUCCAGGCUGCAGGAUGCCUGCUGGAACCUAUAGGGCCUCCCCAGAAGCGGCAGGAAGUCCACCAUCUCCCACCAGGCCCGCAAGCCCAUGGGACUCCAUCCCUCAAGGCCCCGGCGGGAACCGAUCUUCUCGAAGCCUCGGAAAUUCCUGGUGAGGUCGUGCAGGCUCCCCGCAGCCGCCGAGGGAGGCCCCGCAAACUGAGGGAGGCCCCCGAUCUCACGCCAGGGCCUCAGGCCCAACAUGUCCCCCCCCGCAACGUCCCAGGGUGUCCCGAUCUCCCAGAGGCCCCAGAACGUCUCCAGAGGCCCCAGGCUCCUGAACUCCCAAAGGCUCGAGCCCAAGAGAUCACCGAUAUCCCGCAAGAUCUUGAUCUCCCCGUGGAACGGCCACGGAAGCGGAGAAAGGCCGCAAAACGCCACCAGGGCCUUUCUGACGCUCCCCCGCUACCCCCCGAGCCCUUGUGGGGCCCACAACCUCUCCAGGCCUCGAGCCUCGGCUUCCCAAGGGCCUCUGAACUCUAUCAAGGCCUCGAUAUCUCCCAGGGCCUGGCCUUCCCUCAGGCUGGCUCCCACAAGUUCCUCCAGGCCUCUGCUUUUUUGCAGGGCUUGGAACUCCCAAAGUCCGGUUUCCUCGACUUCACACAGGCUUCUGAACUGCCGCUAGGCCCGGAAUUCUCCCAGGUCCGACCCCACAGACUCCUGCAGGGUUCUGAACUGUCGCUAGGCCCGGAAUUUGCCCAGGCCCGAUCACACGAGCUCUGCCAGGCUUCUGAGCAAUCGUUAGGUCCUGAAUACUCACAGUCUCGAUCCCACGAACUACAGCAGGCUUCUAGGCUCUCGCAAGGCCUGGAAUUCACCCAGGCCCGAUCCCACGAGCUCUGCCAGGCUUCUAUGGGCCCGCAAGGCCCUGAAAUCCACCAGGCCCGAUCGCAGGAGUUCUGCCAGGCUUUUGAGCAAUCGAUAGGCCCCGAAUUCUCUCAAAUCCGGUCGCACAAAUUCCCACAGGCUUCUAGGCUCUCACAAGGCCCGGAGUUCUCUCUGGCCCGAUCCCACAAGCUUUGCCAGGCUUCUGAGCAGUUGCUAGGCCCCAAAUUCCCUCAGGCCCAAUCCCAUGAGUUCUGCCAGGCUUCUGGACACCCACUAGGCCCGGAAAGGCCCUGCCACCUCUCCAGGGCCCCCGCUCUACCCGUGGAUGGGGUAGAGGUGGGGGGGGAGGCCUACGACUGUGGCCUCUGCCUCCGCUCCUUCCCGCAAUUCGUUCAGCUCCUCCAGCACCGCUGUCGGCCGUCCCGAAGCCGGGCACCCGAGUUUGGCUGCCCCCACUGCCCCAGGGCUUUUGCCCGGGCCUUUGAACUGGCCACGCACUUGCCCUGCCAUGGGGGGAUGGCCGCUAAUCCAGGCCUAGGUUCCCGGCCGAACAACUAGGCCGAGAACCACGCUUUUAAGGCCAGAAACUCAAGGCACAGGCUCAAAGCUGAAGAUCUAGGCUGGGAAUGAGGCUUUGAGGCCUACAAAUCAGGACACAGACAUAAGCCUAACAACUAGGCCAAGAAACAGGCUUUUGAGGCCAGAAACUCAAGACACGGGCUGAAAGCCUAAGAACUAGGCCGGGAACGAGGCUUUGAGGCCUACAAAUCUAGACACAGGCUCCAGGUCAAGCGACUAGGCCGGAAACGAAGCCUUAGCCGACUGUCACGCUCUGAUGGUAGGCUACAAUUUCAGGCAGAACAUUGUGUCUCUCUCUCUCUUUCUCACUCCCUCUCUCUCUCUCUCCCCCCUCUUUCUCCUCUCUCUCUCUCUCUCUCUCUCUCUCUCUCUCUCUCUCUCAU